AUGCGUAUGUCUAUCUUCGCCCUUUUGGGCAUUACAUUAGGAUGGUCCUUUGCUAUGAUCCAAAAAGAAGAGGCUUUGGAGCUAGAAAGCGAUUUUCCCACGACGCCACUACUACGUACCCAUUCAGCUCGAGGUCUGCCUGCGCCAGGAAAGAAGGGUGUUAUGCUGAUGAACAGAAUCGGCCCCUCGACUUCAACGCUCUAUCUGUCCAACGCUGAUGGUAGCAAUGAACGCCAGUUGUUGAACAACUCAGUGUACGAAUACCACGCAUCUUUCUCCCCUGAUGGGAAAUGGAUAACUUUCACCAGUGAGCGAAGCGGGGACGGCAAUUCAGAUAUUUACCGCUCUCGUGUGGACGGUUCAGGACUGGAGAAGCUGCUGGCAACGUCAUCAUUUGAGGAUGGCGCGGUGAUGUCCCCUGACGGGACCAAGGUUGCGUAUGUAUCAACGGCGAAUGACUACACGACCAACAUCUGGGUGAUGGAUCUGGAUAUGGGCGGUCAACGCUGCCUAACCAAUACUGCCACUGUCAAAGGCAUCCCCUGGAGCCCGAAUGGUUACUUCCAUCCGAGAUGGUCACCCGACGGAAACUGGAUUGUCUUCUCGUCGGAUCGCAACACAGCUUGGACCGGCCACGGCAAUGGAACUGGAUGGGAGCAUACCCAGGAGCUGUCUAUCUAUGUGAUUCGUCCUGAUGGAACUGGCUUUCGGCAGCUUGCGACAAAGUCCGGCUACUGUCUUGGCUCUCCCAAUUGGUCGCCGGAUGGCAAGCGUGUUGUCUAUUAUGAGAUGACUCGUGAGGAUACAUGGAAUGCACACAGGCCAGAGGAUCUCAAUAUCACGACUUCGCAAAUUGUUUCCGUUGACUUUGCCACCGGACAUGACCGUGUCGAGGAAACCUCUGACUCGAGAUUGAAAAUGUUCCCGCAAUAUGUGACGAAUGAUACCAUCGGGUAUCUCGUGAAAGGUCCCAUUGGGGAUCUUGGUCUGAAUUACACUUCUGGUCUUACCUCGGUGCUAGGCAGUAUGCACUCACCAGCUUGGUCACCAGACGGCAAGACCGUAGUCUAUGAGAAGGUAGGAACCGCGACACGCCCGAUGGAGAAGCCGCUCUACAGUUGGGAUGCUGAUUGGGAUUAUCGCUUUACCGACGUAUUCCCAGAUCUUUCGUUGCAAGGUAAACUGGCUCUUACUCAAAAGCAACUCGGAAACUCCUCAAUCGUGACGAUGAAUCCCGAUGGAUCAAACUUGAAGGUCGUGUUUGAUGUUUUCAGCACCAACCAAGUGAACGCCUCGCUGGUCCUUCAGGGCUUGGCCGGAGCAUUCCAACCUGCCUGGUCUCCUGACGGACAAUGGGUCGCAUUCGGCUUGGGAUCGUGGUUCCAGGAGAGGGCGGUGUACACAGCUUGGAUUUACCAAGCCACCGCAAACGGCUCGUACUACGAACAGCUCACCAACGGCUCAGUGAACUCAGGCUUUCCUAGCUACUCCCACGAUGGAACGUCUCUCGUCUACCGUGUUUGGGGCGCCGAAUUUGGUCUACGUGUCAUGAACCUCACCGACAAGAGCGUCCAGGUCCUUACCACUGAGCGUGACAACUUACCAUCCUUCUCGCCUGACGGAACUCAAAUCGUCUUUACCCGCAAAAUGAACGCCACCAACUUCGACGUGUGUACCAUUCGCCCAGAUGGCACAGACUUGAAGGUGCUUACCACGAGUGGGGCCAAUGAUGCUCAUGCGGUUUGGACUGCGGAUGGCAGGAUUCUGUGGUCGAGCGGGAUGUACGGAUUCCGCACCGAGGCUGCUACUUAUGAUGAUACCUUCCAGCCGUAUGGCCAGAUCUUUGUUAUGAAUGCUGAUGGGUCUGAUAAGAAGAUUCUUACGGAUAGUAUGUGGGAGGAUUCGAUGCCGUUGUACCUUCCUAAUGCAGUGCUCAAUUGA